AUGACUCAACUGACCCCCGACAUGACCGGCUCUUUAGAAGCUCGGCUUGCUGAGGCCUGUGCGGACCAAGAAAAAGGUAUCCCUGGAGCAGUGGUGGUCGUCGUGGGUAAGGACGGUCGGGAAUACUUUGCCCAUGCCAGCGGAAAACGAGGAUAUGGCUCUCCUGACCCGAUGACACUCGACAAUAUCUUCUGGAUUGCCUCAUGCACCAAGUUGGUUACGGGAAUUGCCUGUAUGCAGCUUGUGGAACAAGGCCUUCUCUCCUUGGACGAUUGUACCCAGGUCGAAACGAUUUGCCCCGAGCUGAAGCAGGUGCGGGUCUUACAAGAGGAUGGAAGCCUGGUCGAGAAGAAGCAGGGGAUUACGUUGCGAAUGCUUCUAACCCACACCGCUGGCUUCGGGUACUCAAUCUUCAGUGAGAAAUUACGAGACUAUAGCAAGCCGGUAGGGUAUGACGAAUUUUCGGGAAGUUUUUAUGAUAUGCUACAACCGCUGGUGAACCAGCCAGGAGAGAGAUGGGAAUAUGGGGUAAACAUUGAUUGGGCGGGCCUUCUUGUGGAGCGCGUCACAGGCCUGUCAUUGAAUGAGUACUUCUGUCGUAAUAUCUUUGAGCCGUUGAACUUGCAUAACAUUUCCAUGUUCCCGAAUGCAUCCAUGAAGUCAAGGCUGGCUCAUAUGAAUGCCCGGGCACCAGAUGGACAGUUAUCGCCACGCGAUCACCUUCUGCGACGACCAUUGAUCGUGGAGGAUGCGAGGGAUAUAGACCGUUGUUUCAACAGCGGCGGGGCAGGCUGCUUUGCUCAGCCUCAGGAGUAUUGCCAAAUUCUCGCGACACUGUUGAACGAUGGCAUAUCGCCCACGACCAACAAACAGAUCCUACGCAAGGAGACGGUUGACCUCAUGUUCGAAAACCAAAUUCCCCAGUUCCCCAACUUUGCAUCCCAGGGCAUUCCACCCGCCAAAGCAGACCUCACGAACCGCAUCGCUCAUCUGUAUCCAUCCGACACUCCUCAAGGCUGGGGACUAACCUGUAUGCUUACUGGAGGGAACACUGGUCGUUCGGAGCAGACUGGCCAUUGGGCUGGACUUCCUAAUCUUUGGUGGUGGUGUGACAGGACCAAGGGGGUUGCAGGAAUGGUAUGUACACAGAUCCUGCCGUUCGCAGAUGCACAAGUGCUGGGGCUGUGGAGCGACAUGGAGUCGUUGGUGUACCAAGGUCUUGACUUGUAG